AAUUUUUCUACAUCCCCUUUGAGCUAAAUGGUUUUUAAUAAUUAUGUCAAUUUUUGAGUAUUUAUUCGGUACCACAAAUGGCAGCAGUAUAUGGGACUUCUGGCGAAACUGUAAAUUUCCAGCAGUAAUAGCAUUAACGCAAGAGACGAUACCGUGCCUUCGAUCCGAUGGUUCCCUUGGCCAAAUGGUGAUUUGCAAGGAUGAUGAGGGCCAAAGAGUAUCCUGUCCUUGCACCAAUGACGAUGAUGCUGGCGACGAUGAAGAUAACAGUUUUGCAUUCUUUAGAAGGAUCUGGUCUUUUAGCAAUGGCAUGGCUCCCCCAUACUAUGCUGACCUUGGAAAGAAGGCCAACGAUGUGUUCGGCAAGGGCUACCACUUUGGAGUCUUCAAACUUGACCUGAAGACCAAGAGCGAAUCUGGUGUGGAAUUCAGCAGCGGUAUUGUCUCCAACCAGGAGAGUGGAAAGGUAUUCGGAAGCCUUUCCUCCAAAUACGCUGUGAAGGACUACGGUCUUACAUUCACAGAGAAAUGGAACACAGACAACACACUGGCCACCGACAUCACCAUCCAGGACAAAAUCGCCGCCGGUCUCAAGGUAACACUUGAGGGGACCUUCGCACCACAGACCGGGAGCAAGACCGGCAAACUGAAAACCUCGUUCGCGAACGACACCGUAGCGGUGAACACCAACUUGGACCUGGACUUGGCCGGUCCCGUGGUGGACGUGGCGGCCGUGCUCAACUACCAGGGCUGGCUCGCCGGUGUGCACACACAGUUCGACACACAGAAGGCCAAGUUCUCCAAGAACAACUUCGCCCUCGGCUACCAAACCAACGACUUUGCCCUACACACCAAUGUUGAUAACGGCAAGGACUUCGGCGGUUCCAUCUACCAGAAGGUAUCCGACAAGCUGGACUGCGGCAUCAGCAUGAAGUGGACCGCGGGCUCGGCCGACACGCUGUUCGGCGUCGGCGCCAAGUUCGCGCUGGAGCAGGACGCCUCCCUCCACGCCAAGAUCAACAACAAAUCUCUCAUCGGACUUGGUUACCAACAGAAGUUGCGCCCAGGCGUGACUCUGACGCUGUCCGCCGCCAUCGACGGGCAGAACUUCAACGCCGGCGGCCACAAGGUCGGCGUCGCCCUCGAGCUUGAGCCCUAAGCCUCCGCGGGCCAGCUCCUUUAGUAUUGUAGAUAAUAUAUAAUGCAAUAUCUGUUAUACACAUAUAACGGGUUACAAAGCGAUUAUAGCAAAUCAAUUUAUUAAAUACAGUAUCUUCAAGUGUUCUCUGCAUAUUGUACUUUUGCGUUCAAAACGCAGCAAUAAAAUUGUCGAACUUUUGAGCGGUUGCUUUUAAGUGGUGAACGCGGAUUGCCGUUGGUCGCUCUAUUGUUUCUAUUUCAAGAUGGCGGACGCGCUUACUUCCUCAUAACGUUAUUAUUAGCGUUCCAAUGUAUAUGUUUUUAUAUAAGCACGCUGCGAAACGAACAUUUUUACUAAAUGUUCUGAUUGCAUCUUAUACGUCAUCCAUGUCUGUUGUCAUCUUGUAAAUAAAUACCCAUGGCGUAUUAUCCUAUUGAUUGAAUGGUAAUAAAAAUGAAUAGUCUGUUGGAAUCAAAUGCGACAUUGUUUUAUUAGACCUGCGACCUCUCCUGACCUCAGUUCCUUUGAAUAAAUUUUGUAUCUUGAUGUGAUUAACUGUUUUCAAUAUCGAUGGAUGCCAUGAGUACGAUAUACAUACAUUUAGAAAGGAUAUUUAUUAAUUUGAUGCCUUUAUAUUUUGUUUUUAAUUUAAUAAAGUGUUUUGAACAGUGGC